GCCUUGAGUGGUGAAUCUGCAGACCGGUGCAGAUCAGGGCUGCAGGAGGGGGACAGGGGGUGUGUGGCUGCAACAUGCCUGCGCCUCUCCACCGCAACCCGAGCAGCCGUGCCAGCGUCCGGCUGCAGCACAAUCAAACUUUUCUGUACAUUUUCACGUCACCUGCACGCGAAACAUAAAUUUGGCAUCCUAUGCAAAUAUAUGCUGACGUAAAAGAUCAUGUGGUUUUUGUCGUCGAUCCCCCCUAUGAGCAACGAGGAGGUUUUUUUUUCUCCUCUCUACUGUUGUCUUUAGGUUAGCUAUGCUACAAUCUUUACUGUACCCAGCGCUAGCUAUAUGCGCCCCGCACCGCACCACUCUGGAUAUCUGGGAAUAAUCAACUUCCAGGCUGUCGCACCCUGCACCCAAAGACCGCUCACAGAUUCCACAGGAGAUUACCCAGAGUGCCGCUGGCCUGAGGCUCGCCAAGAAGAGCGAGGGAGCGAGAGAAAGAGGAGCACGUCCAGCAGUGAUUUGCGGAGGAGGAGGUGGAGUCUCAGGAAGAGCCCCUCCUCCCUCGACUGAAGCCCCGCCCCCUCUGAGGAAGUGCACUUGAGUGCCGUUGCUGUCUGUGAUGCCCUCCCAUGACGCCCAGGUCGGUAGCUGACACUGCCAGUGAGCGGGAGACGCCACUGCACACCCGGUCCUGGGCCGGCACCGUCAGCCGGUUCUCGCCCUCCAUCUUGCACACUGGAGACUCAAGCUCCCCCCGCCUACCAGUAUCCACAACCAUCAGCUCUGACCCACUACAAUAAGGUCCGCUCAAAACCAGACGCGCUGACGUCUUCGGCCAGCACCAGCAGCAGCAGCAACAGCCAAAAACAACAGUAUCUCCAACGCAAUCAGCAACACCAGCACCACCAUAACCACCAGCAGCAGCAGCAGCAGCAGCCAUCAUGUCCAGUCGUAGAAAGUCGUCCACCCCCUGCAUGGUCCGGGUCUUCAGCAACCUGCCAGAACAGAAAGAAGACCCUGAGGAGGUGAUGGACAUGGACAUAUUGACAGACACCAAUGAGACAGAACAAGACAGGAUAGAAUCACCUGAAUCUGCAGAGAAGAGUCCAGCUCUUCAGCAGGAGAAUCCAGACCAGCAGACACUUCCAAAACCACUGGAAAACCAGAAUUCUGAGCCGCCAGAACAAGAAGAGCAGUUGGGUAAAGAAAACCAACUCCCUGUCAUCGAAGAUGUGGAACCCAGAGAGGACAAGGACAGGGAGGAAAUGGAAUCUGACCCCGCGUCCCAGCAGAAGCAUCCCAGAGGGUAUGAGUGCAAAUACUGCCCGUUUUCAACGCAGAACCUGAAUGACUUUAAAGAGCACGUGGACUCAAGCCACCCCAACGUCAUUCUGAAUCCGUUGUACCUCUGUGCCGUCUGUAACUUCAACACCAAGAAGUUUGACUCACUCACAGAGCACAAUGAGAGUCAGCACCCAGGGGAGACUAACUUCAAGUUCAAGAGGAUAAAAAACAACAAUCAGACGAUCUUAGAGCAGACAAUCGAAGGCAAGGACAAUUCAGCUGAAUGUGAGGAGACAGAAGAGCAGGGUCAGAGCAGUUCUGUGGUUCCACCCUGCAUAUCUACCACAGUGAAAAGCCCAGACAAUAUCCAGUCAUUCUAUCAAGGGAGCGAACUGAAAACCCAGCUAGACGGCCUGAUCCAGAAGGAUCAAAUCACCGCCGUUAACAUCAACGGAACAGUCAUCAUCCCUGAACCCACCAUCCUGCAAGGGCUCUCCCAUGUCACCCCCAUGCUCCAGCGUCCGCCCAACUUUAACUCUGUACCAAAAAUAGCUGUUCCCUUGAACACCACCAAAUAUAACCCUUCUUUAGACGACAACUUGACGUUGAUCACAUCCUUCAACAAGUUUCCUUACCCGACACAUGCAGAGCUGUCCUGGCUGACAGCUGCCUCCAAACACCCGGAGGAACAGAUCAAAGUCUGGUUCACCACCCAGCGGCUGAAGCAAGGAAUCACCUGGUCCCCGGAGGAGGUGGAAGAAGCCAGAAAGAAGAUGUUCAACGGCUCCAUCCCUCCUGCGCAUCACACAUUCACCGUCCUGCCUACGAGCCCCACGUCUCAGCGGUCUGCCAGAUUCUCCAAGCAGCAAGUUGUCCACACUACAGUCGGACAUUCAAGUCAUGUACGGACAACUUCUAUGAACGGAUUUGGUGUGAACUCUACCAUACACUCUCCCGCCGCAGUUAAACGAACACACCUGACGACGGUUUAUGGCCCUGAGUCCAAGAGGCCAAUCAUGGCUGUUGCCCCUCAUUCUGGUGACCCUAACGACAAGAUCCUCAUGGCCCCUCCUCCACCUCCCCCUCCGCAGAAAGACCGCCUCCCAAUGGCUCCACCUCCUGUUCCAAUGGAGAUGAAGAGACCUGUAGCAGUUCCCUUGGCCACCACAGAGAUGAAGAGGCCAUCCGCUACUGUGCCUUUAAUGCCACCGCCAUCAUCGUUGUCGUCACCAUCCUCUUUGUCCAAAGGGAAGACGAUCUCUACGUUAGGAAUCCCCAAAACAAAACCUUUGGUGUCCAUACCCUCUCUAGUAUUUCCAGAGUCUUUAACUAGGCCAACUUUAGUUCCCCCACCUAUAUUUGCCCCUCGGUUUACAAACUCGUUACUUCUUCCUUUGAGUUCAGCCAUCCCCUCCAAAGAAAUACACCAGAGUCCCCAUGCUAUGCCAGCUGCUGAUUCAAAGCUGCCCAACUCCCCUCCUCUUAUCACCCCACAGAUAAGGAGGCCCACCAUCAUCCAGUCCAUUCGGGCUCCAGCUAAAGCCCCCUCACAGAUUCCCGGUUUCCAUUUGGAUAGCAAGAAACUUAAGGAGCAGCAAGGAGUAGAGCUGAAAGCCAGCUACCCCAGAGGAAACAGGGUCCUCACUCCUCUGGCGGAGGCCAACGGGACGUCUCGUGUGGACGGCAGAUGGUCCCACAGUCAGAUCUCCCCUGCUCCCAACAAUGGGGUCAUUCACCUUGACAUCGCAGACCAGCAAGCAGCAUCAAAACUAGAUUUCCAUCAAAAGUCGUCUGUUCUGACCCAAUUUCCUUUACUGGAGAGGAUGAAAGGAAAGACAGCGGAGCAGCUUAAGGUCUUGGAGGAGAACUUUUUGAGGAACAGUUUUCCAACGCACAGCGAUGUGGGCAAUCUGGCAACCACCACCCUCCUGUCCCACCAGGAAAUCGACAGCUGGUUUGUGGAGCGCCGUGCGCUACGAGACAACCUUGAACAAGCCCUUCUCAACUCCAUGGGCACGAAGAGGAUGGGCCCCGGUGGCAUUCCUGCCAUAACUAAGAAACGACUUCAUCAGCAGCAACAGACUCUACAGCUGAACGGGAUUCAUAAACCAAGCAUCGCUGUGGGCCAUCUUAAGAGCUUGAUUCCAACCUCCCACUCUCUGCCCAUCAUUGCUCCCGGCGCCAUCGCUCCCUCCAUUCCCAACCAGAACUCAUGCUUAGUGCCUCCUGAUAGCCGAUCUCUGGCACUCCUCAAGGACGAUUUUGCUCAAACACGGUGGCCUUCCCCUGAGGAGAUCAGCCAGCUGGAGGGUCGGACAGGAUCAGCUCGCACAGAGCUCGCUCGCUGGUUCAAUGACAGCCGGUUGCAGAACAGCAACAUGGAGCUGACAGAACUUUUUCACAACAAUGGCGUCAAUGGAGGACAGGUACAACCUGUGUGCUCACCUGAAAACGCCCCUCCCAGCAUCAUCCAGCGUUUUCAGGAAGGAGCGCCAACAAACAACAACAGCAGCAGUAAGGUGUUGGAGGUGGAGCUGGGAUGGAUAAUGGAGCAACGCGCUCUCAGCGGUCAACAACAUAAUGAGCUCCACGACCGGUUUGCUGGCAGGCUGAGGCAGCAGACCGCGGCGGAGCUGAAGAACGGGGGACAGAACGGCGGAGUGGGGGGAGGAGCGCGGGACAUGUUUGGGAGCUGGCUGGAGGACGGACACCUGAGGAGAGGACGGGAGCUGCUCCUGGACCGGGAGAGGAAGAUGUCCGAGGACUCGUCUGGGAGGCUGACUGGAUAAACGGUGCGAACAGGAUAUGCCGCCAUCGCCGCCCCUGCUGCUGGAGGAGAGAGAAAACGAGGUGGACGAGAAUGGAGCAUCGAAAAGAAGAAGAGUUUUUUUUAACAAUCAGAUUUUUUUUUUCUUUCUUGUUUUUUUUUACCAAUUUUUAUCUCUUGAUUGUCGCAGCCCGCCUCACGCACAGCAUCCUCCUCCUCCGUCCUGUAAUCUCGUCAGCGCCGCGACCUGAAGCGACCCGUCCACAGAUGUGAGGCUCGCCACGAGAAUAUGAGUUCAAAUGAGAGCAAGGCUCGCAAAUUAAAAUCAGGAGAGAGAAAGGGGACGACCAGGCUCACGAUCCAUGAAGAUAAUUUCAGUUCCCCUCCUCAUUUCCCCUUUUUUUAUCCUCUCAGUUCAGUUUAACAACAGAAGAAGAAAUCUUCACCUCACGUUUGACGAGAGACGAGAACACAAACAGAGAUGCAGCUGGAAGCUGAAGAUUUCUGUAAAUGAUGUAAACGCUCUAAGACGGGGAUCAGAGGGUCUUAAAGUCUCAAACUCUCCUUUACAGGUCGAUUAGUUGCAUCUCGACCAAACACUAAACGUGUUCAUUCAAUGUCACAAAAAAUGAUUGAUUAAAAAUAUUUCUACUUCCUGUUUUCUCUGCAGACAUCGUAGAAACACAAAUGAUAAAAGUAAAAAUACAUCAACCCUUUAAAGGAAGAAUGUACAACAUUUUACACAUAAAUAUAGAAAUCCAGUCUAUCCUGUGUAAAUGUGUCUCUCAGUCUUGUUUACAUGGACGUCUGGCUCCUCCCCUAGUGUACAAAAGCUGUUUUAGUCAAGGACUAGAGAGAAGAAGAAGAACAUACUCACUGAUUAUUUGGAUGUUGGUAAGAGUUUUUAGAUCACGGUCAUUCUGUGUAAACAUGCAAUGUGAAGCUACGAGCUAACUAAAGAGCGCUAACAUUAGCAUGCUAACAUAACAAUGCGGGCCACAGGUUAUUGCAGGACAAUUUUGUCCGCCACUUCUGCUAAAGUCCAUCGUGCAAACACAAGUGGAGGGGGGUUGGAGGUGUAUCGUUGGAGGAGAGCGGAGGCUUCAGUAUGGAGGGGGCGUGGCCAACCAGCAGUUUGUUUUGGCUUCAUGCUAGUGCUCAAGGGCGACACUUAAAAACUGCGGCGCAGUUACUGCCAACUCGCAGCAGACGCUACUGGAUCCAAGAUUCGCACAUUCUUUCUUUAAAAUCUUUUCCCUUUACAAUAAAUUGGAUUAGAUCCCUUUUUGUUCAAAGGGAGGCCUUAACCGCCCCUAAAAAUCUUUUUCUGUCCAGCUGUUCUUGUGCUGUUUAUAAACGGUGCAGAAUGAAACGUACAGAAAUCAGCGCAGUUUUUACGCUUCUCCGUCGUGUAAAAGUUGGUUGCAGGGAGAAACAAACCUUUUUUUUUUAAAGGUCUUUAAACUGAGUCAAAGUUUGCUCCACCUGUGAUCUCGGAUGAAAAUGCAGUUUUCUAUAAAUGAGUUUAAAACCCUUUAAAGGAGAAAGUUUACGUUGCAGCCGAGGUUCUUCCCCUUUAAGAGAUUUGAUUUAUUCUCAAAGCUUCCCUUUUAAAACAUCAAACUUCUCCUGAUGAUCGUGUUUGUCCGAACAUUUGUUUCGUUAAACUUUCCCUUUAAGAAGUUUCACUUUAAGAUCCUGAAAACUGAACUUCUCCUUUAAGUCUCUCGCUCUCUCGCUCUCUCGCGCUCUCCCUCUCUCUCGUGAGACGGGGAUUAGCAGGUUGUGAACUCUGAGGGUCGGAUGUUUGCGGCUGAGGUGAUGCUGUGCGUGACCUGUGUUGCCGUGGAGACAGAGAAGGAGGGGUGAACCGGAGCACUGAAUGUGUGCCUGCAGCAGCGAUCUUGACUGUACACAGAAACAAACCGACAGAAAGACAGACGGAUUUAAAACAAACAAACAAGAAAUAAAAACAACAACAACAUCGCCGAGUGCCAAAGCUGGGAUCUGCUGCAUUCUCAAUACACUUUAAAAAAAGGGUUCUUCUUCUUCUUGUAAAUAGGAUCUAUUUGUUUGUUUGUUUGUUUGUUUUGUUUUUUCCUGUAUUGCUACAGAUUUGUAAGAUUUUGCGGAAACAGAAAUUUGUUACAUUUUGUAAAAUGGGAGCAUCUCGUCCACCCGAAGCCCCUCCUUUCGUUAAGUUUAUAACACCCCCCCCCCUUCCCUCGGCCCCCGUCACUCACUCUCUCUCUCUCUCUCACUCUCUCUCUCUCAGCUCUUAUACAUUUUUAGUUUUUUGUUGACGGACUUUGAAAACAAACGGUGCCAGCGUCGGUAUUCGUUUUUUUAUUUAGAUUCGUUCUCCGUCUCUCUCUCUUUUUGUACUGAACAGUCGAACGACGACAAAAAACAGAACAAACAAAAAAAAAGACAGACCGGUUGGCAAUACUUCAGUCACUUCUUCUUCAUCUCACCGGCACUGGACUUCCGCCCGCCACCUUCCCGCUGAGAGGAGGAGGAGGAGGAGGAGGAGGAGGAGGAGGAGGAGGAGGAGGGACUUCACAUCCAAUCAGAUUUUAAAAAACAAAACUCAAAAAAGCACCUUUGGACCUUUUUUCUUCUUUUUUUUACUGUGCUGAAGUGAAGUCAAGUGCUAUUAUGAUCUUAUUCUGACGAUUAUGAUAUUGUUAUUAUUAUUAUUAUUAUUAUUAUUAUUAUUAAUAUUGUAGCCACUCUGUCUGGAACCCUUUUUGGAAGAAAACAAAGAAAAAAAAAAAAAAAGAGAAACUUAAGCCAAUCUGCACUUCUUGUUCCGACGAACAUGCUUGUAUGACCAAGUGACUGUCGUGGAUUAUUUUUGUUUUUUGUUCAAAACCGAUAAGGAACAAACGACAACAACUAUGUGAAAAACAACAACAACAACACAAAGCAGUUGAAAAAAACUGCCUAACAUGGCGACAAAGCGCAGAAGGAUUCAACGGUAACGCUCACACACAACACACACUCUGACAGAAACAACACAAUCCAGAAAUCAUGCUGCCUGAAUCGUACUUUCAUCUCUCUCUUUCUCCCUCACUCGCUCACUUUGUCCUUCCUAUUCUCCCUCUCUCGCUCUCUCCCUCGCUCGCUCACUUUGUCCUUCUUCUUCUUCCCUUCCUCUCUCUCGUAUCUGUCGUUUCUUUUCUCCAUUCGCUGAUUGUUCUGUUUUACUUCCUCUCUCUCUCUCUAUCUUUGUCCUCCUGCACACCGUCAUACACACCUGUAAUAAAACAAAAACCUACAAAAAAAAAAAAGAUAAAUAGCCUUUUAUUCAAUACAUAAUUACAUGUUGGCUUGGUAGGCUUAGUCGAAACUAGUUCCAUUCCGACAGAAAAGAAUAAUAGUAAAAACAAAUAUGAGCUUCUUUAUGUAUUGCUUCUGCCGCCGUAGUGUCCUGGUCAGAUUUAAAGAUAAUACUACAUAUAUCUGAAAUACUGUAUUUACAAAUGCAUACCAGGGCUGGCCUCAACAAACAAACAACAACAUUGGGGGGGGGGGGGGUUGAAACUCCGUCCACGGCUGGUGUGAGUCUGUCGAUAUUGCUUAAAGUCUGCAUAUGUUGUUGAAACUCGUGGCGUUCAGCAUCGCUAAAAGUCCCCGCUGCACGUUGGAAGAGGAAAGCAGCGUCGCUCGUGUUGUACGCACAGCCUUAGAAAGCUUCAGAGACUUAUUUUUGCAUCUGUAUCGUUUUCAGUGAAUCUUUUACAGGUGAAUGAUUGAAUGUAUUUGCUUUUUUAAGGAGUUCAGGAAAUGUUGUGGGUUCACUGUCUGAAUGUUUGAACGGGGGGAAGGACUCGAGCGUACCAAAAAGAUCCGUCAGAGGUCUUUCAUGUUUUAGAAGACUUUGACGGUUAUGUGGCGAAAAAGCGUCCAGCUGAUUUUCAGACAGCUGCAGAAAACAAACUUCUCCCUGUUGGAGAUUCGAUGAGCUAACUUAAGUUUCAAGUUCCAAUCUCUAAAAUGUAAAAAAUGAGAUUCACAAUCGAACAAAGCGGCUGCUAGCAUCAAAUUAGCGAUCUCUAUUUUGAGUUUGACGUCCAUUUUAGUUUGAGCUCUUUCUCUGUGAACUGGUCUGAAGUUGAAUAUGUUUUCAUUUGUAAAACCUCUAAGUAUUGACUGUGAAUCUCAGUGAACAGGAAAGGGGCCAUUAUACCCCCCAAAUUAAUGCAAAAUGGCUCAUAAAAUAUUCAGAAACAGCACCAAUGCACAGAGACGCUGUUUGCUCUGCAGCGCAGUUAGGGGAGCAUUUAACCCUUUCUGUGCAUUUUGUGAAUUUUAAUCUUUUUGACUCGUUUGCACAGAUUCAGCGGUCACAAUGGCCGUGUGUACAUCCACUUGACCUUUCUCGAAUAAAAUGUACAACUAGUUCAUUGUUAGCCACUGUCCUGUUAGCAUCCUAGCUAACCAGUCCAGGAUCUUGUAACUGCUCAUAAGCUAGCAGUUACACCUGAUCAGAGCCAGAAUGUUAAUAUUUCGCUUGUUAGCCAUAAUUUAUCAUCAACGCAGCCUGUUCACUUCCACUUCCAAGACAAACCUUGAAUAUCCGGUUACAGUUCUUGGAUAAACAUUUUAAUACAAACCUGGAUGUACUCUGCAAGCUCCGGUUUGGAGUCGUUUACAGAACAGCUGGUGUGCACGAGUCCUUCCUCUGUUUCUUUUAUUAAAGUCGCUCUGUUUCCUCGCUAUAUGAAAUAUAUCUUAUUGCGUGUGUCCUGGUUUUCCUAAAAAGAUUAACAGCGAUCAGAUCUUCAUUCAGAGAUCUGACAGGAUGAACUCAGCUAAGCAGCGACCGCUUUAAACAGGAAACUCUGUGAUUGAACCUCAAACUGCAGAAAACAUUUAACUUCAUAAACAAUCAUUUGUGCUAAAACCUGCAGCGUUGAGUGAUGAAAAUGAUUUGGUUUCAAAUUAUUUUAUCGAUCUGAUCUCUAAGAAGACAAUCUGGUGCCUUCAUCCGUCCUCUUAAAUGUCUUUAGUUUUUAAAUUGCACUUUGGCACUUCGAUUUGAAGGUUUAUCAUGGGAGACCAAAUGAAUGUUUCUCAAAAGGUGAACAAUGAUUUUAUUUUUAAACCCAGCACCUUCAAACUUACUAACUUAAGAAAUAAAAUAACCAAAAAGUGUUUUUUCUGGAUUCAAAGACAAACUUUCAGCGAUGAGAAACCCUCGUGUUGUCGGUACAGACGGGGUUCAUGCGAGCUGAACAACAGCUGCAUCUCCAAAUCGACUCGUGUGUAAAAUCUUUUGCACAAUUACAAUCAUGAACAAACAUCCCGAAUUAAAAAAAAGGAACCAAAAGACAUCUUUCUUAGUGUCUGUGGUUUGAUUAGACACUUCAAGCUCUUCAAAAGGUUUCAAACAUCAACAGCAGGAUAAAAACAGACGAGUCAGGAGGCCUUCAUUCGGCCGCAUUUUGAUUAAAAGCGGGGGGUUUUUUCAGCUCUCUCUGAAGUCCGACGUGUUUCCCUUGAGAGCGGAGAGUAGAUUAAACCACGACUGAUAAAGACACAACAAAGAGACAAUCGUUCAGGAGGAGAGAAUUUAACCAUUCAGAGAUCCUGAAGCUUUUAGCGGCCCGCUGCGUCCGUCCAAGCUGUUACAGAGAGCGAGCUGGACUCUCAGAGCAGGAGGUCGAUUUGUGAUGACUUUUUAGGAGAACCAGGAGCACUUUGUGUCUUUAAAGAGGAGUUGAGGCCAGCCCUGCUUCAUAACUGAGGUUCUGCUUCUUCUACUACUGCUACUAUCAAACAACCAGCCCUGGGCGCAAAAACGGGCCUGAGCUCCGUUUCAAACCUAAAGGUGCGUUUCCGUUUUUAAACUCUUAUACCAGCAGGUUUGAAAGUCAAAACCAGAAGCUACGUUUUAAGUUCGGUUCCCAAAGUGACAAAGACGCUUCACUUGAUCAGCUCAUGGCCCAGAUUGAGUCCGUUACCUCAGCUUGGACGCCUGGCUGAGAGCGUCUUUGUGGCUUUUUAACUUUACAAUAAAAAAGCCAUCGAUGUUUGUUUUUACGGUUUGAAACGUGUCACAGCCCUGUUUCUGUCGCCCAGGUCAGCAAAACAAUCUGUUGAUGUCUGCUGUAUUUCAAUAAAACACAGCCUUUUUCAAAGGGUA